AUGGCAUCUGCUAUCACCGUCCUUUUCCUCCGAGUGGUGGUGGUGGGGGGAAGGUGGGGGGGGGCUGUGUCUCCCCUGUUUAACUCCUGUCUCCUGUUGAAAGCAGGGCGUGAAUUUCUCAAACCCACCAUCUGGGUGAGCCCCAGCAGGGUGGUGGCGCUCGGGGGAAACGUCACCAUCCGCUGUGAGGGUCGGUACCUGGGCGUGGAGUUCGUUCUGCGUAGAGCUGGACACCUGAACCCGCAGGUGCGGACGGUGCCUGAUGGGCCCGUGGCUGAAUUUCCCAUCCCCAGUGUCGGCCGGGAAGAUGGAGGGAGCUACACCUGCGAGUAUCACUCCAUAACGGAACCGAGUCGCUGGUCGUAUCUCAGCGACCUCGUCGAGAUCAUUGUAGCUGAGCCCAGCUACCCCAAACCCAGCAUCUCCCUCAGCCCCAGUGGGGGGGUCUCCCUGGGGGGAGCCGUGACUGUCCGGUGUCGGGGGCAGCACCAGGGCGUGCGGUUCGUGCUGAAUAAAGAGCGACGCCAUUUCCCACCUGUGGAUUCGGACGGGUUGGAGGUUGUGUUUCCCAUCAGCGACGUGAGCCGGGAGGACGGCGGGAGCUACAGCUGCUCCUAUCACAGCAGAUCGGAGCCGUUCGCCGUGUCAUACCCCAGCGACCCCGUGGAGCUGGUGGUGAGAGAUCCCAGCUUACCCAGACCCUCCAUCUGCCUGAGCCCCACCGGCGUCAUCGCCCUAGGGGCAGACGUCACCAUCCGGUGUCAGGGGCAGAGCCGGGACGUGAGGUUCUUCCUGCACAAAGCUGGAGACCUGAACCCGCAGCGACACAUGGACCCUGCUGGGGCCGGGGCCGAGUUCCGCAUCCCCAGCGUGAGCCAGCAGCACGGAGGGAGCUACAGCUGCAGCUACCGGCCCCGGUCACAGCCCUUCGUCUCGUCGUACCUCAGCAGCAGCUCUGUGCAGCUGGUGGUAGCAGGUGGAUCAGAAUCGCCGGCACCUCCGGGUCUGACCAGCCCCAUCAUCGCUGGGGUGAGCGCAGCAGCCACCAUCCUCCUUCUCAUCCUCCUCCUCCUCGUGGCCUUCGUCUGCUUCAGAAAAACCCGAGCCAAGGCGGCCGCAUCUCAGCACCAGGCGAGCGAGGGUCCCUGGAUAACGAGCCGUCGGAAAAGGAGCCGCAUCGAGACCGAGCAGCCCCAGGAGCCCGACCCCGGCGCCGAUGGACUCACCUACGCUGAGCUGGACGGCCGGGCGCUGCGGGCCAAGUGGGGGGCCUGGGCCCUGGCCCCCGAGCCUGUCCUGUACGCCGCGAUCAGUGUGAGCAGGGUGGCCCCACAGUGA